AGUCGAAAUCGCGAUGUCUAACGCACCUGUGCUGAGCGCGCGACCAAUGUUUACUUUAUCGCCACAUUUCACGAUGUUUUCCACCAAACUCUACGUAAAUUUAUUUUUAUGAGGGAAUCGGGCCUCUUUUCAAUUUCCUGAGUGAAACGAAACGUUUAAAGUGCGCGCGCAAAGAAGUUUACUUUUUUUUUACAGAAACUAACAGUGCACGCGAAAAGGAUUAAUUUCAAUUUUUUUUUUGAUGUCAUAUUAUGUUUAAUUUGUGUCAAGUGUUUGUUGAUUACGUGUUGGUUUUGAUUUUGAAAUCGGAUUUGUGUUAAACAAACAUUUUUUCAGGACUCCAGGUGUUGAGCAGUGCAUGGCUGGUGGGCGGCGCCAUGUCCGGGAUGACGGGAGCGAGUAUGUUGCGCACCAGGCGGAAAGAUGUCAACGUCAAGCCCAACCGCAAGUUGGACCGGAAAUCGUCACGGGGCAUGCUAUACGAAAAUGAAGAGUUGCGCCUGCGAACUAUCAAUAUAAACGCAGAAGUUGAGAGAGGUCAAUCAGACAUAAAAAAACUGAAAAGGGAAAACGAACAACUCAAGAGGGAGAUAUCUGCCUUGCGGUACGAAUACGACAGGCUGGAUAGUAUGCUGAGGGAGAGGCGGUCUUCGCCGGAACACUCAGACGACAGCGCGUCGAUAUGCAGCGCUUGUCCGGAGUGCGCGAGCGCAGAUGGUGAGCAACGAGUCGCCUUCCACGACCUUAGCGUGGUGCCCGAGGAAGCGGAAAACGAAGGAAACAAAAGUGGUGUCGACUCCCCGUGCACAUGCGACGAUUGUCAGCAAACGACGCAAGACAAUAGGCCUGACAAACAAAUGAACGCGAACAAUGACACGACGCAACCGAAAAAGGUGGACAAAGCGAACGAAAGGACUAUAGACGUGCUAGUACACGAUGCACCGCCCGAUGUCCCAAGAUUCUUCGAGUCCGUGACGUCACCACCGUGCCACAUCCCACCACCACCUGGCUUCGUAAUAGCUUCUUAUCAAACACCUCGCUUCCACACCGGAGGGAACGUCGAAGACUUACUCGGAGAUGUACAAUCAAGGCCGACUAUACAGACCACCUUCAUACAACAGAAUUCUGUCAUCAUGUGCAACACACGAAGAGUUGUUCACCAACCAUGCUGUUGUCAGAAACAGGAAACAUCUAAGCCACCAGCACAACUGAAUGGACAACCAGAACAAGCUCCCAAGUCUUACGUCACAGAGAAGAACAUAGAAUUAACAUACGACUACCCUAAAUCAACUCCCGUUGUUAAUCCAGACAGUCCCAGCCCGAGAUCUGGUGAAGAAUUAACGACCACAACAGAGGUAGCAAGCACAGUAGUAUUCGUCGAAAGACGAAUGCCGGUCAAGCCAAGAAAGUUCGACUUCUUUUUCCGUUCAAGAUCUGCUCCAGUUGGAGAGAGUGAAGAGCCUAUAUACGCUACCGUGAACAAAUUACCAAAGAGGUUACGAAGAAUGGAAUUAGCUAAUCUGGAAAAAGAGGUGGCUUAUAAAAACGGGGAACCUGAUUCUUCGACGCGCACGGAGACGGAGAUUACACUUAAAACGGAUUCCGAAUCACAAAUCCCUCCUCCUGACGAUGACACGAGUAGAUCAGAGAGGGAGAAGUCUACGGCACCACAAAGACCAGAGACGCCGAAAACAAAGAAACGGAAACGAUUUUCCUUAACUUUCAAGAAAAGGGAACGGAAAAGAAGAGAGAAGAAAAAAGAGGCGAAAAAUGGAGCUCCAAAAAAUGGUGUUCCUAUACACGUGGAGACUGAGAAUGAAAGAUUGAUAGAGGAUAUGCACGAAACAGUGAAACACAAACAUUGUACUAGGCACAGACCAAGGAACACGAUGUCUUCGUCAAGCUCUGGCCCGCGUUAUAAGCGGGACAGUUAUCAGGAGAUGACAACUUCACAUUCGGAACAUGAACAUACGAACAGCAUGUGUUCCUCAAUGAACUCUCUCGGUUCAGCAUGCACGCACAAAUCGAGGAAACUGUCUGCGCCUAUCAACGACGGGUCCAUACCUUGGUGUGGUUGUUGGGGGGCUGGAUGCGUCUAAUGUCAGAGGCACUUUUUGGCAACAAUACUGUGGAAUCACAUUGAAACGGACCCGAACUCAAAAGCGGAAAAACCGUUGGUCAGAUACCUUGGAAAUAAAUGUCAAGGGAGAUUUAAUUCUAAAUAUUUUUUUGUGAAAAAUAAAUUAUCUAGAAGUGACUAGAUACUGGAUGAAAGUAAAGUAGUAUUCCUUUGCCUUAACGAUAUAACUUUAAAACUAAAAAACACUUUCAUCUGCAUAGAACUUGAAGUUUGUCACUAGCGUUGUGUUACUCACUCUUUUUUAAUGAGGAUGAGUGAGGACCUCAUUUUCCCUCGUGAGGGGCUCGCGAGUCACCACUCAUUUGAGGUGAGGAUAGGUAAUGUUACAGUAGCAGCGAAUGAGUACGUAGCGAGGCGCGCGCAACGUUGCCGUUUGGUACAAAAUGAGGGAGGGAGUCGGUAAUGCUAAACAAAACAUAUUUUGUCUUUAGAUUCUAAGAAAUAAACUUUACUAGACUAUAAUUUAUCAGAAUGACCACAACAUGCAACUUAUUUUUAAUAGUUUCAAAUGUUCCAUUUUUAAAAUCGAUCAAUCAUUUAUAUUUCGAGUCAUAUAAAUACAUUUCUAAAUAAAACAGAUACAUUUUUAUUAACUUUGAUAUUUACUUAGUCUAAUUCAUAUCAAUUAUCUAUAAAAUAUUAAAUACGUAUUUGCGAAGAAACACAUAAACAAACCUGAAUCGUUUCAAAAAACUCAUAAAACUUAACCCAUUCCCUCAAUCUUGAAUAUAUUGAGUAUAUAUCGAGUCGCCUUUUCAUUCGAAACAACUCGCUAUUUAGCUACUCACUC